UAUCAACGCUUUAUUUUUAUUCACGAACUAUUUUACUUUCGAUUCAUCCGCUAGAUGCAAUAUCUCCAACUUCCUUGGACCAGAGUGGCGAGAUCCUCUUGUGAUUCACAGUGACCUUUACCCUUCUAAACUAGACAGUAAAGAAACGACAGGAAGAGGCAUGUUGGGAUAAUACCUGUACCUGCUCUGUAAGCUGUCUCACCUAACCAGUAACCAUGACAACAGUGGGCAGCGACCAGUUCCUACAGUUCACGUUAAUGAGUAAGAAUGUCCUGUCUCUGGAGGAACAGGAACUGUACGAACUCUCACAGCUGGCCGGGGUGGUGCUGGACCCCAGCGUCUUCAAGAUCAUCAUGGACCUCCUGAAGAUGAAUGUUGCCCCCCAGGCCAUUCUACAGGUCCUGAGGAGUAUAUCUGGUCAGCGACCAAAGAAAAUCAGCUCCCCCGAGGUCUCCCAGCGCCCCAACCCCGGGGAUGAUAGGCGGGGGAAGCCCCGCAGUCGUGUCCCCAGUAACAAGAAGCCAGAGGCCAGGCGGUGACCACAGGCCCACAGUGAUAACAAGUCUACAGAACAGACCUACAGUAAUACACGCCAGUGUAGAGAACGAGUGUACAUAACCUUGCUAAGGAAAGGAGGAUAACUCUUCUGGUUUGGAAGAAUCAUCACAACAUGUAGUUAUUGAUUUGACAGUGUGCAAGUGUCAGUGAAUGAUUGACAGGGAGAGUCAAAUAUAUCAUAUAUUCUUCAUUUAAUAGUUUUUUGUUAUUUUUAAUGAUUAUGUUAUGUAAAGAUACCUGUACUUUUUACAUAUGUUGUAUCUGGGGUAUUUUUGCUGGCAGACUAAAUAUUAUGGCUGGCAUCAACAAUCAGUUUAUCAAAUGUCAAUCAUUUUGAAUUUAUGGAUAGAAAAGUCAGUUUAGAGUUGUUCAUGUGUUUGAAUUGGAAUGGUAUUUGUAUUCAUGAAGUUGUUAGUUGUGUAGUACACGUAUAUAAAAACUACAAUUCAUUUAUUUAAACUCUGAAGCAAAUCAUUUGUAAUAAAAAUGUUUAUGACAAAUGUAAUGGAAGAAUUCAGUAAUGAAUGCUUGAAGGAUGUCUGAUUUGUAUGAUUGUUUGAGAAUAUUGAUAACAAUAAAUUAUUUUUGAAAUAAGGAUAA